CCACUUUCAAAAUCGUCUCUCUCUCUUGAGAACAUACUCCAACUUCCUCACCUACCCGUUGAAUCGCCAUAUCAUCGAAACCACCAAUAUGAAGUUCUCCGCCGCAUUUCCCAUUGCGCUGGCCUGCGCCUGCUCAUGCGCUGCAAUCGAAGAUAUCCAACAAAGAGCCAGCUCUGCAACUUGCAGCAUCGGCAUUGCGCGCAUAUUCGGGGACAUAAACUGGGACAUAACCGUCUACAACUGCCCUGCCUCAGACCGGCAAGACAUCAACGUUAUUUCCACCCUCCCAAACGCGGUCAUGGACAAGGGGCAAUCCGUGACCGUUUCCUCGGGCGUGCCGCAUCCUAUCACCAUCACGAAUGUGGACAAUGCGCCGGUCUUUAAUUAUGAUAUUCAGGAUCUGAAGGCACCAUUGGAUAACCCGGAUGUGGGGAUGACGAAGGUGCAGUUGACGUUUGAGAUCAAAGAUGUUGGGCUAAAGUGGACGACGAAGGAUUGUUGGGCGGGGAGUGUGAUCUUCUCGGCUGGGUGGGAGAGCUGGAGUUGUAAUUACGCUUGUAAUCUUACGACGACUGCGUCGAGUGAGCUUUGAUGGGAUAAACAGGGUUGGGAUUGACACUGGCGUCUGGGAGGUUGGUUUUGGGUAUGGUAACAUUGGGAAUGGCAUUCACUUGUCGAUAUCAAUAUGAUAUUUCUCGUGAAGUAAUUUAGAGAAUGAUACCUCUUUCAAGUCUU